UUUACCGUUAAAUUUAAAAAAAAAAUCACAAUUUUAAUUUAAAAAUGAAUUUGAUCUAAAUUAUAUAACCAAUAUUUGUGAAAAGUUUUCUUCAGAGAAAAUUUAAUCUUGUAGAUCUACCAAAUAAUUAUUUAAAGCAUAGAAUAAAAACCAUGAAUCAUGUUGAUAAAGAACGAAAUAACAACGUCAAAUCUACUAUUUCUCAAUGCGUUGCAAUAUUGGGAGCUUGUUUUUUGCAAGUUGGAAUUGGUACUGAAAUGAUGUCUCCCACCAUUAUUAUUGGAACACUGGUGAAUAAUACAGUAACCGAUAUACACGAUCCAAUGUAUCUAACAAUGGAACAAGCUUCAUGGUUUGGUAGCCUAUUGUAUUUAUGUACACCACUUGGAAGUAUUUUGUCAUCACUAUCACUAAGCCGUUUGGGACAUAAAAAAUGUAUGCUUUUGACGAACAUACCAUAUUUAGCUGCGUUAGUGAUGUUUUACUAUUCUAGAAAUAUCGCAACACUUUAUGCUUGUUCGAUUAUUAUGGGACUGAGUAUGGGAUAUGCGGGUGGUCCAAGCACAUCGUACAUAACAGAAGUGUGUGAACCUAAGCUAAGAGGAUCUUUGACUUCAGCUCAAAACGUUUUCUUCUACUUAGGUUCUCUCUUAACGAGUGCUAUUUAUGCGUAUACAAAAGAUUGGCGACUAACUUUAAUCUUAACAUCAGUAAUACCAAUUAUUAAUACUGCACUUUUGUUAAUGACACCAGAUUCUCCUGUAUGGCUUUUAACGAGAGAUAAAUCUGAAAAAGCUCGCCGCAUGCUAAGAAAACUUAGAGGUUGGGCUCCUCGUGAAAAUUGUGAAAGUGAAUUUCAGGAAAUGAUCGUGUACACAUCUGUAGAUUAUGAUGACAAAGACGAUAAUGACAACCAAACGAUAAGUACUUGGAAGUUAUUGAAGCAACCAAAUGUACUAAGACCAUUUCGUUUACUAAUUUUCUAUUUUAUAUUUGCAAAUACCCUUUCAUCUGUCCAAUAUAAUCCUUAUCUAGUACAAGUUUUAACCAAAUUCGGCGCUCCUGUUAACAUUGAAUGGACAAUAACUUUUUCAGUUAUGCUAUCAAUAAGUGGAGGUAUACUUACAAUUUUUACAGUUCACAUAAGUGGAAAAAGAUUACUUACUUUGGUAACACUAAUGGUGAGCUCGCUUUGUUAUAUAUUAGUCGGAUCAAUUGGGAUGUUUAAUCCAAUGAUGGAGCCAACGAAAUCAUGGAUAGUUAUGAUACUUUUUUUAAUUUCCAUCUUUUCAGCAUCUUAUGGUAUAGUACCAUUGGGAUGGGUAUUACUUGGUGAAUUAUUUCCUUUACAAACAAGACAUAUAACUUGCAGCACGUGUGCAUCUCUUUCAUAUCUCAUUACUUUUGUUUUGACCAAAUUCUAUCCAGAUUUUGAAAGCGCAGUUGGAUUUUAUAAUGGAUUUAUUAUAUUUGGAACUACGGGAUUACUCGGUUGUGUUUAUUUCUACAUGUAUCUACCAGAAACAGAAAAUAAAACCUUACAAGAAAUUGAAGAAUCAUUCAAAUGAAACACGUCACGUAAAAGUCCUGAAGAAUGACGGGUACCUAUGCCACAAGGCCUAGUCAGACAACAAUCAUUAAUGUAUUAAAAAUAAUUUAUACAAUAAUAUAUAUUUGUAUGAAAAUGUAUUUUAAUUUGAUAACUGUGUAUUAAUAGAAAGAUUAUUGUAUAAUACUUAUAAAUAAGUAUUUUAAGUUGUGAAGUAUAUAAUAUGUUCUAAUAAAAAACUCAUUGCAAUAAAAACUCUAUGGCCCUCCAUAAUUAUAUAAUUACUAAAACUAAA